AUGCAAGUCUCAGCAACAUUAAAUACAUAUUGUGCUAAAACUGUCUGGGCCAGCAACACAAACUCAAUUGCUCGAGCAGGACAAACAUCAACAACCUGUACGGGGACAAUUGUGACUGUGGCGGCCUCUACUUCUGCCACCGGUAGUGAUGGAGCCACUAUCUAUUGUUGUACAACAGAUUUGUGCAACGGAUCGUUGAUGAAAUCGGCAAGUAUCUUGCUCGCGAUGGCAGCAACUACUCUGAGCUUCUUUCUGAAGAAGUGAAUAUCACUUAUGGAUUAUUCAAAAGACAAUCUAAAGUUUUUUAUAGUUUUUCCUUGCAUCAGUCCUUUUUUUCCUUUUAUUCCAGAUUAUUCCUUAUUUUUUCAUUUUACAAAUAAACUCCGACUUUCAUUCUUAAUAAGAGUGUGAGUGUGCGUGUGGGUGUGUUCUGGUUCUUUAGCUCACACUCACACCCUAAUAAGUCACAACUAGACUUUCUCAAUCAAGUAAUCGUGAAAUUUUGCUCAAUGUAAGACAUCGUUGUCGAGAGGAUAAUUUUAUGAAUUUUGACGCAAACCGCUUUGAACAAUAUUGAACCCUCACUUUUCUGUGGAUGUCAUACGAAAAGUCCUGAACAUAUACAUUUCGAUCAAACGGGGGUCUUGACAUGAUUAUAUCUCAAGAAUAGCUUAACCGAUUGAGCUGAAAUUUCUGAUGGACAUAUAUCUCUAUGCUCAUAAAAUUAUUCUCUCGACAACGAUAUCUCACAUUGUGCAAAAUUUCACGAUUACUUGAUUGAGAAAGUCUGGUUGUGACUUAUUAUGUGAAGUCGUUAAUAUGUGAAAUUGAAUUAUAAGGCUUAAAAUUGAGAAACUGGGUCCUCUGCUCUGUUUCUUAUACUGGCAUAUAAAGACCUGAUAUUUUGGAUGUAUAUCUAACUCGAUUAGGCCUAUUUACUGGCAAAAAUUAUGGAUCACCGUGGGUGUUCGUAGAAUCAGCUCACCGAGCUCUAUAUACCUAUGGUAUCAAUUUCUGAAAUGGAGGUCAUCGCGUCUUUCAUAAAUAAUACUCCUGAAAAAGAAUCGUUUGUGUUGACAAAACUAGUAAUAGUUCAAUAUUUUCAUAUUGAGGAAGAGCGUUUUAUAAUUGUUGGACAGCUGAGAUUUCAAAGUUUUAAAAUUUAUUCAUUAAUGCUAUUUGAUCAAAUUCAAACCAAUAUGGCCAAUGAUAAACUGCUACUAUACGUUCAUAGAUAUGGCUUAAGAUUGGAAAUAAAAUCUUUGUUGUUUCCAAAAUUUGAUGGGAGGUGCUAUAAUUUUUGGACACUAUAUCAUUAAAAACAUUGACAUUUAUUUUUAUCAUUAGAUUACAAAGUUAAACAGUCUAUAAAAAUUUCAAAUCUUGUAAAAGCUUGAUACAAGUCAUUUAACUCUUUUCUAAUAUAAACAACUGAAGGAUUAAGAAUAAGCGAGUCAAAUUUGAUGAAACAAUUAUUAAUUCUACACUACUAUAUAGAUAUAAGAUUUUCGUUGCUAACGAAAGUUAUAUUCAACAAUAUUGUCUCUAUAUUAGCGCUUUCUAUCUUUAUGAAUUUUCAUUAGUCGAAGCUACUACCAAUCAAACAAUAUCGUCUUUGUGGUAGCUUCACACAGAUUACUCCUAUUUCUAGUAAGAUGCUCUUAUCAUUUUUUUUAAAAAAGAAGGAUUGUUAUAUAUAAAGUGGUGCACAAAAGUUUAAAACACUUUUUAUUUUUUUUAUUUCUGUUUUAAAGGUGAGAAAAAAUAAACAUCUUUAUAUAUACAUAGUCAGAAUUGAAGUUUACAUGAUUCAUUUA